GGCGUCGUAGGAGGCGGCGGCGGAAUGGGCGGAGGCAUGGGUGGCGGCAUGGGCGGAGGCAUGGGCGGCGGCAUGGGAGGCAUGGGCGGCGGCGGGCCGCCCAUGGGCAUGGGCGGCGUUGAGUCGGAGGACAUAAUGAUCCCGGACCGGAUGGUGGGUCUCAUCAUCGGCCGCGGCGGCGAGUCCAUCAGCCGGCUGCAGGCCGAGUCGGGCGCCAAGAUCCAGAUGUCGCCGCAGUCGAUGGACCCCACCUCGGAGCGCACGUGCACACUGACGGGCUCGCGCGCCGCCAUCGAGCGCGCCAAGGAGCUGAUUGACGCCAUCGUGGCGUCGCGCGCCAACGAGCGCGACCGCGACCGCAUGAUGGGCGGCGGCGGCGGCGGCGGUGGCGGCGGCGGCCUCAGCGACAUGAUGGGCGAGCAGCCGGGCCAGACCACCUCCGAGAUGAUGGUGCCCAGCUCCAAGGUCGGCCUCAUCAUCGGCAAGGGCGGUGAGACGAUCAAGCAGCUGCAGGACAACAGCGGCUCCAAGAUGGUGGUGGUGCAGGACGGCAUAUACGCCAGCGCGCCCGAGAAGCCGCUGCGCAUUACCGGCGACCUCAAACAGAUCGAGCGCGCCAAGCAGCUGGUGUUCGACCUGAUGGCCGAGAAGGACAACUACGGCCCUGGCGGUGGCGGCGGCGGCGGCGGCGGGGGCGGCGGCGGCGGCCGCAUGGGCGGCUACGGCCGCGGCUACGGCAGCAGCUCGCAGGAGGUGACGGUGCCGCAGGCGGCCGUCGGCGUCGUCAUCGGCAAGGGCGGCGAGAUGAUCAAGAAGGUGCAGAACGACACGGGCGCCAACAUUCAGUUCCAGCAGAACAUCAGCGGCCGCAACGAGCGGCUGGCGACAGUGACGGGCACGCCCGACCAGAUCGAGCACGCCAAGGUCAUCAUCCAGGAGCUGAUCGAGAGCGUGAUGAAGCGCGACCAGAUGGGCGGCCGCGGCGGCGGCGGCGGCUGGGGCGGCGGCGGCGGCUACGGCCGCGGCCCCGGCGGGCCCAUGGGCCGCGACGGCAAACAGGAGCCAUGCGGUCCCGGCGGCCCGGGCGGUCCGUUCGGCGGUCCCGGCGGUCCCGGCGGCCCGGGACCGGGCGGACCGGGCGGCCCCUACCCGCCGCAGGGCUGGGGCAACAACUUCCACAACCCGGGCGUGUGGGGCCAGCAGCAGAACGACCCCGGUAAACAGGACGGCGGCUGGAACAGCUACUACGCCCAGUACUACGGCGGCCAGGGCGGCCAGGCGCCCGGCGGCCCCGGCCCCGGUCCCGGCCCCGGCCCGCAGCCGCAGGCAGCGCCAGGCAACGCGCCCGGCAUGAACCCCGGCGGCGGCCAGGACUUCAGCGCCCAGUGGGCCGAGUACUACCGCAACAUGGGCAUGAUCCGCGAGGCUGAGGCCAUCGAGCAGCAGAGCAAGGCCAACAAGGCGGCGGCCGGCGGCGGCGGCGCGCAGCCGGCGGCCGCGCAGCCGGCGGCGGCUCAGCCGGCCGCCAACGGCGCGCAGGCCGACUACAGCGCUCAGUGGCUGGAGUACUACCGCUCUCAGGGCCUGAUGGCCGAGGCCGAGAAGCUCGAGCAACAGAUGAAGAGCAGCAAGCAGCAGCAGCAGCAGCAGCAGCCACAGUCGCAGGCC